GUUUGUUUACCUUUCGCACAAGAUGUUUUAAAGCGCGAUAAUUGACAAAGCUAAAGUGGAUAGUUUACUCCUAUUGGUGGUGUGUUAAUGUUAUUUUUAUUGUGUGAUCUUUAACCCUAUGUAUUCACCUCCUCUUGAUGUGUAAACGAUCUUUGUUGUGAUGUGAUCUCCAUAAAGCAUGCAGAAUGUGCAAAUUGACUGCUGACUUUAAUACUAACAAAACAUUAUGUCGGUACGUGAACGCAGUGAUGCAUUGAACGUAACAGUUCAAAACGAUGUCGAUGCCGCAAACAAUGAAGGACAACCAUUCUUUCAAAAUAAGGAGAAAAGUACAGACAAAAUUUACAAGAGGCGAUGGUACGUCCUUGCUGUAUUUGGCUUAGCUUCCUUUCUGCAAGCCGCCGUAUGGAACACUUGGGCCACUAUAACCAAGUCGGCAGAAGUGGUAUUUGGAUGGGAGGAUAGUCAGUUUGGAAUGUUUGUCAAUUGGGGAAAUGCUGCCUACAUAAUCACUGUUUUCCCGGCCAGUUAUUUUAUGGACACAAAAGGGUUACGAGUAUCUUUCCUGAUAUGCACGGCUCUGAUUCUGGUUGGUACAGGAGUAAGAUGUAUUACACAUGAACCUACAUACGCCACAUGGUUAAUGAAUCUGUGUGCUGUUUUGAAUGGAAUUGCCGGAACAGUCCCAGGGGCUGGGCCUGCACAGGUCGCAAACACGUGGUUCCCGCCAAAUCAGAGAGCAAGUGCUACAGCUGUUAUAUACGUUUGCAAUUUCUUAGGCUCAGCUAUGGCCUUUCUUAUUGGUCCACAACUGGUUGAUUCACCAAAGUAUGAAAGUAAAACUCCUGUCCAAAAUUAUACACCUACAAUCAUCAGCUUAGAAGAAAAUCUAGGUGUAACAAUAAAAGACAAUUUUAGAAACACUUCAAAUUCAACCCAAGAAUUGAUAAACUUUACAAAAAUGCGUCAAGACAUCAUGCACUUCAUGUAUUAUGAAUUUGCAGUGGCAGGGCUGUUAUUUUUAGGAAGUCUUUUAAUGCCAGCAAAACCCCCUACUCCACCAAGUGUGUCAGCAUCAACACAGCGUGUUGAGUAUAGGAAGGCGCUAAAGAACAUUGUUCAGAGCAAAGCAGUAUGGUGUAUAGGAUUGGUAUAUGGUAUUCCAGUGUACGGAGCAUGGGGAUCAGUUCUUGGUGUUAUCCUGAAACCUGUAGGAAUAGGCCAAACGGAGGUUGGAUGGAUUGGUUUUUACUCAAUGAUAGCAGGUUGUGUCGCAGGUCUAGCAGUUGGAAGAUUUUCAGAUAUGUUCAUGAAGCAUAUGAAACUGAUUAGUAUGGUUAUGUUGGCUGCAGCCGGGGUAUCAUUUUUAUGGUUUACACUAUUACGUGUCCAGAUUAUACCGUUUUCUACAGAACAAGUUUAUAUCUCCAUUAUUUUUGGAGGGAUGUUUUUUAAUGGAUUCACCCCUCUGUUGUAUGAAUUGGGGGCGGAGGCAGCUUUCCCCGUGUCAGAAGGGGUAGCGUGCGGAUUUCUAACGUGCCUCUCCAGCAUAAUAGGAAUUCUGUAUUUAUUAGUACUACAGAUACCAAAUAUAGGUACAGCCUGGAUGAACUGGACAUUGGUGGGCAGUAUAGGUGUAUCUUUGACUUUACUGUUUAUAUUUCCAGAACGAUACACUAGAACUGAUAUAGAUUUGAAUGUAAACAAAACAGAGACUGGUCAACCAGAAACAACGAUCGUAGUCAAACAGAAUGUAUACAAGGAUGCGUAAUAAUAAAUUAUUAUGCUAAUG